AUGAAUCUAUCAAUUGAAAGAAGCCCGGUGCUCAAGUUUCGACUGCACAUCAUAAUCGGCACCUCGGUCUUCAUCAUCUUCAUUCUUAUCAUUGCACGCAUUGCCGAUAGUGGCACCCCGAAGACAAGGACUAACAUCUGGGGUAUUGCUGUGUGUCUCAAAUCAGCCGUUUUCAUGGCCUAUCAAAUACUCACGACUCAUAUGGUUCGAUUCAAACGAUGGGCAAGCACAAAAGCGUACAUGAUAUUGAAUAUCAUUGAUACUGUCUUUUGGUUUGCUCUGUUUAUUAUCACUAUAAUGGGCACUACGGGGUCGACUAGCGGAAGUAGUCGGGCACUGGGUGGUAUUACGGCUACAUUGGUCUUCUUCUUGUGUGGAUUUUCUGGGCUUUUGGCGUUUGUGUCCAUUCGUGAGAGGCGUUUCUACAAAGCUCAUGGGUGUCUUCCCGGGGCUGGGAUGGCUAAGCCUGUGGUUCAUGCUUCUUGUUAA